AUGGCUCAUGACUUCCUCUUUGUCUUCUUAUUCUCUUUCAUUAUAUCUACAACAAAUAUUCAUGCAAGCAAAGACAUAGAAUGCACCACUCUCAUGGCCUUCGCCCGCACGCUAUCUUCCCCUCCUGUAAAUUGGAAUACUUCUGUUGAUUACUGUCGUUGGAAUGGCAUCAUUUGUAAUCAGGAGGGUUGGGUCACUCAUUUGCUCUUACCCUCCAAAGGGCUCAUAGGAGGUAUGUUUGUCUCAUCACUUGCAAAUCUCACAUAUCUCACUCACUUGAACCUUUCCCACAAUUCACUUUAUGGCACACUUGAAAUCAAAUUCUUCUCGUCCUUGAAUCACCUCAAGAUCAUUGAUUUGAGCUACAACCUUCUUUCUGGAGAGAUACUCUUUUCUCUACCACCCAAAAAUAUUCAGACAAUAGAUUUGUCAAGCAAUCACUUCUAUGGUGCAAUUCCCUCUUCUUUUCUCCAACAAGCUUGGAAUUUGACUAGUUUCAAUGUCAGCAACAACACCUUCUCUAGGUAUAUCCCUACAUCUAUUUGUCUCCAAUCAUCUCCUUCCAUAAGAGUAUUGGAUUUUUCCUCCAAUGAAUUUAGUGGCAAAUUUUCUCAUGGGCUCGGGGGGUGUUCCAAAUUGCAGAUUCUUCGUGCUGGUCACAAUAAUUUGUCAGGAUCACUUCCGGAAGACAUCUAUAAUGCUACCAAACUUGAGGAACUUGUAUUACCUCUCAAUUCACUAAAUGGAGCCAUUAGUGAAAGAAUUGCCAACCUCACCUACCUCACAAUCCUUGACCUCUAUUUUAAUUAUUUGAGUGGUGUGAUCCCUCUCAAUUUCGGGAAGCUCUCCAAGUUGAAAUUCAUGAAUUUUGAUUCCAACAACUUAGAAGGUAAGUUGCCCUCAUCUUUGAUGAAUUGCACAAACCUCGUAGAACUACAUUUGGGAUUCAACUACUUGGAAGGAGACCUCACCACGCCUAAUUUCUCCAAACUCAGCCACCUUAGUAAACUUGACCUAAUUCGGAAUAACUUCACUGGUGUCUUGCCGAUAAGCCUUUACUCAUGCAAGUCCCUUAAAGCAAUUCGGUUGAGUGUUAAUCCUGAUGUAGAAGGACAAAUACAACCUGAGAUUCUUUCAUUGAAAUCCUUGUCCUUCCUCUCGCUUGGUAAUUUACGGUUGACCAAUCUCACAGGGGCAAUUAAGAUAUUAAUGGGUUGCAAAAGUCUUCGCACACUCAUCCUUGGUGGUUCGUUUUCCCACGAAGCAAUGCCAACUGAUGAUGACAUGAUUGAUUUUCACGGAUUCCAAAAUCUUCAUUUAUUGAGUUUGACUUCAUGUAGGCUCACUGGUCAAAUACCUGGUUGGUUAUCAAACCUAAAGAAUCUAGAGUUGUUAUUUCUAGCUAAUAAUCAAAUCACAGGGUCAAUUCCAAGUUGGUUGGGGAAUCUUCCAAAACUCUUUUAUGUGGAUUUGGCAUACAAUAAGAUUUCAGGUGAUUUUCCCAAACAACUUUGUAGAUUACCAAGGUUGGAGGUGAAUGCACCCCCAAUAGGCAAUUAUGAAUUUGAACUUCCCAUCUCUAGCUCCGUAUAUAAAAAGGUAUAUGUUUGGGCUCGUCGAACGUAUAUUGUUCGAGGUUUAAUUGACCUAUCAACAAAUAACAUUAAUGGUAGUAUACCUACUGAGAUCGGCCAAUUGCAGUCUCUUGGAUAUUUGUUUCUUGAUCACAACAACUUCUCCGGCAACAUUCCAAACCAAAUAUCUAACUUACAGUAUUUAGAGACUUUGGACCUUUCCAUGAAUCAUUUGUCCGGAAAAAUCCCUUGGUCCAUGACGAGCCUUAAUUUCUUGAGCAUUUUUAAUGUCUCGACGAAUCAUUUGUCCGGAAAAAUCCCUUGGUCCAUGACGAGCCUUAAUUUCUUGAAUGAAUUUGAUGUCUCAUACAAUAAUCUAGAAGGAAAAAUACCAACGAGCACGCAGCUCCAGAACUUCAAUGCUUCUGCAUUUGAGGGGAACCCUAAACUCUGUGGUGCUCCACUUCCAAAUGAGUGCAGAGAAAUUGAUGCAUAUAACAAGAAUAUCGUCGACCAAGAUGCCAACAACAAAGGUGAUGAGCUUCCCUGGUUUUAUAUUUUUGCCACCCUAGGUUUCAUUGUCGGAUUUUGGGGAGUUUGCGGCUCUUUAUUUCUUAAGAAGACAUGGAGGUAUUCGUAUUUUCAGUUUCUGGAUAAUGUACAAGAUUCGCUCUAUGUGAAGAUGGCAGUAUGCAUGGGCAAGAUGAAGAGAAGGAUUAGGGACUAG